AUGCACGCCAAGCUCAUCGCCCUCCUCGCCGCCCACGCGGCCGCCGUCGCUGUCCCCUCGGAGCCGAACCUGACCUUCGACUUCGAGCACGGCCUGGUGACGCCCAACAACCUCAAGGAGCGCGCCCUGACCUGCAACGCCGACAACUGCCUCCGCAACCUGCGCGACAAGCGGUACAGCUCCUCGGCCAGCGCCUUCUGCUCCACCUACAUCCAGUCCACCGUCGUCAACACCCAGUACGCCGUCGCCACGGACCACCAGACGAGCACGCAGACGCCCCCUCCCGUUACGGUCACCAACGUCAUUGUUAAUGACCUCAACGUUCCCACCGCCACCGAGGUCGUCACCAAGUACAGCACCAUCGCCGACCCUCGCUACAAGCGUGAUGCCGCGGCCGCGUACCCGCCCUGGCUGUCGGCCUCGUACCCUGCCUCGCGCGUCAGCAGCGCCUGCUCGUGCUUCAUCUCGACCCCGUCGCCUGCCAUCCAGCAGACCGUCACCCUGACCACCUCGACCGAGGUCGACCUCUCCGUUCAAACCCUGCCCCCCGUCACCAACACCGUCGACGUCACCUCCACGCACACCAUCAACGUCAUCGCCACCGAGACGGCCACCGUCGGCGUCACCUGCGGCAUCAAGGGCUGCGUCUGGGGCACUAGCGACAAGCUCCUCGCCAGCUCCGGCAGCCUCCCCGACAUCGCCGCCUGCAAGGCCCUCUGCGCGUCCAACCCGGCCUGCCAGUCCUUCCAGUGGAGCGACAGCUACAAGCACUGCAACCUCGGCUCCGUUCCCGCCACCACCUUCUGGGCCAGCAACAGCGGCUACUGCGACGAGUUCCGCGUCUACGAUGCCUCGUGCUCCGUCUAG